GAAUAAUUGUUUCCCUCCGGUUCUCCACUCUGCCCUGAUUGCACAGCAUACAGCUACCUCGGUGCGCCCUCUCACUCUUUUUUCUUAAUUUAGGGAAUACAAGGCAGUUGUUCAACCUUGUGCCACCGUCUCGGCUCCCCCACUCCCCGCCCUCUUACCACAGCAACAUCCCGGAGAGUCAGUCCACCGCCUCCUCCAUGCAUUGGAGUCCCCCGCGCACCGGCUCCGGCUCCAGCCAUGUCGGCCAGGAAUGCAGCGGCUGGCGGCGGUGACAGAGUGGGAGGCGAACCGGCAGCAGAUGUGCUGGUUGAGGACAAACAGAGUGGUUCUGUGUCCUUGCCCAGCCCGAUGACCCCGGCCUCAGCUGCUGGCAUGUCCGCAACCAUGGAGAUGCCCCGGAAGCGUAAGGGCAGCGUGGACAACCAGGAUACAAAAUCUGCCUCCAUGGAUAUGGACAUUGAAGAUAUGGACGAGAGCCACAAUGGGUCAGAUGGUGAGGACCAACAUGUCAAAAUGAAAUGCUUCAGGGAACCACACAGCCAAAUUGAGAAGAGGAGAAGGGACAAAAUGAACAAUCUCAUUGACAAACUAUCAGCCAUGAUCCCUACGUGUAACCCCAUGUCCCGUAAACUGGACAAACUCACUGUGCUCAGAAUGGCCGUGCAGCACCUUAAAUCUCUCAAAGGUUCAUCAAGUUCUUUUUCUGAAGCCAACUACAAACCCUCAUUCCUUCCCAACGAUGAACUCAAACACCUUAUCCUAAAGGCUGCAGACGGGUUCCUGUUUGUGGUGGGCUGUGAUCGUGGGAAAAUAGUGUUCGUCUCAGAGUCCGUCACGAAGAUAUUAAAUUAUAGUCGGGCGGAGCUGAUUGGACAGAGCCUGUUUGAUUACAUUCACCCAAAGGACAUGGGGAAAGUGAAGGAGCAGCUGUCAGCCUCUGAAUUAUUCCCUCGUGAACGGCUAAUAGAUGCUAAAACCGGUCUGCAGGUCCAGGCUGACCUCCCCGUGGGUGCGGCGCGGCUGUGUACGGGCGCACGCCGCUCAUUCUUCUGUCGCAUGAAGAUAAACAAGAUUUGUGUCAAAGUAGAGGAGAAGGAAUUCCAGGCCAGCACCUCCAAAAAGAAAGAUUCCCAGAAGUACUGCACGGUCCACUGUACGGGCUACAUGCGCAGCUGGCCCACCACUCAGUUGGAAGCAGAGGGGGAGGGCGAGGGCGAGGCAGACAAGCAGGACAGCUCCCACUUCAGCUGCCUGGUGGCGGUGGGACGCGUCCACUCCCACUCCUCUCCCCAGGUUAAUGGAGAAGUCAGAGUUAAACCCACAGAGUUCAUCACACGCUACGCCAUGGAUGGCAAAUUCACCUUUGUCGAUCAAAGAGCGACCACCAUUCUUGGUUAUCUUCCCCAAGAACUGCUCGGGACAUCAUGCUACGAGUACUUCCACCAAGACGACUUACCGCAUUUAGCUGACAGACACCGAAAAGUGCUGCGCAGUAAAGAAAAAAUAGAGACAAACUGCUAUAAGUUCAAAACAAAAAGUGGCUCUUUCGUCACUCUGCAAAGUCAGUGGUUUAGUUUUGUAAAUCCCUGGACCAAGGAAGUGGAAUACUUGGUGUCAACAAACACAGUUAUAUCGUGUGAUAACAGUCGAACCUGUCGGUCAGGAAACAAGGCUGAGCAGUCAAGCACUUCCAAGACGUCUGAAGAUGGGAAGAAGUCCCUUCCAGUUAUACCAGGCAUCUCCACUACACCUGGAGCUAUGAUUUAUGCUGGAAGCAUCGGGACCCAGAUCGCCAACGAGCUGCUGGAUUCCAACAGGUUGAACUCUUCACCUUCCAGCGGCAGCGUCAGCCCUUUCAGUCUAUCCCAAGAUAAAUGUCCCCACAAUCAAAUCAGCAACAAUGUGCCAAACAGAGAGGCAACAGACAUGGAGAUUGCAGGAAAGUCCAGCUCAGAGGAGGAUGCUCAAGGAGCUACAUUCUCAGGAGCAGAGUCUCUCAUGGUUGAGAAUCCCCAGAUGGAUUUGGACAGCGUGGUUGGACCGGGCCUUGGCAGUCUAAGCAGUGACGAAGCAGCCAUGGCGGUCAUCAUGAGCCUCCUGGAGACGGACACCAACCUGGGGGAGGCCGUGGACUUUGAAGAGAUGCACUGGUCCUUAUAGAACCUGCUCUGUGUGACACCGCAGCACACUGAAAAACACUUGAACGCUCAUUUUUGUGAUGAGAACUGCUUGAAUGCUCCCUCUUAAGACUUGGCAUUCCUUUUUUUAUUUAUUAGUUGAGUUAUGUUUUGCCACGUAAGCUGUGUAGUCUUUGUGUGGCUGCUGUAACAGGGAACGGGAUCGACCUGUUGACCCUUGUCAGGAGGAGGAUGUGCCUCUAAAGCCUUACAGCGGCCUGCCCUCGCACGCUGUCCCUCACAUCUACUGUCAUCCUCUCACAAGGCUGAAUAACCCAUGAACACCAUUAAAAAUGACUUGGGAUUU